CAUUCAGCAAGCCAUUUCCUCCAAUGGAGACUGUGCUCCUCAAGACUGUAAACUGAAGGUCAAAUAAUUUGAAGUAAAGGAUCAUUUUUGGCAUGUCGCUUUGUAAUAGAGACUUUUAUGUUGUUUGGGGUAAUUGUACAUGACAGCGAGUCACACAGUCUCUGAAACCAGCACCUUCUGACUGUGCUGGUCAAGGUGCUGCAUUUGUCUCGUUGCAGGAAUGGAAACAAAUCUAUGUAACUUGGUGCACACCUGAUGAUUUGACCUUCAGUGACCCCAAUCAAACGAAGAUGAGAGAAGAUACACCAGAAAAUCAAGUAGAAAUGGCAUUCGAAUUACACCUGGUUUGUCAUCAAAAGAGUCGCUUUUUGCAUCCCUGAGGAAAUAAGUCUGGAUAUUGUCACCGCUUGCCCAAGGGGAAGCCACUUCUCCUCAGUUUGUUGGUGCGCUUCUUCGGGACCAUGGCCAGAAACUCAUUCCGUGGGUCGAAGUACAGGGCAGAGGCCAAUCAUGAUGGAGAGUUUGGCUGUACACUCAAAGAGCUACGCUCUCUCAUGGAAUUCAGAGGGACAGAUGGAUUACAAAAGAUUCAGGAGUGCUUUGGAGAUGUUCAAGGACUCUGCUCCAGGUUAAAAUCAUCACCAACAGAGGGAUUAAGUGGUCAUUCUGAUGACAUUGCAAGAAGAAAAGAAGAAUUUGGAAAGAAUUUUAUACCACCUAAAAAGCCCAAAACAUUCCUUCAGUUGGUGUGGGAAGCAUUGCAGGAUGUGACUCUAAUUAUUUUGGAAGUUGCAGCCAUAAUAUCCUUAGGCCUUUCCUUCUAUAAACCUCCUGAUGGCGAGAGAGAAUACUGUGGUAGGGCGGCUGGAGGAGCUGAGGACGAGGGUGAGGCAGAUGCGGGCUGGAUUGAGGGUGCUGCCAUCCUCUUGUCCGUCGUUUGUGUGGUUCUUGUCACGGCAUUCAACGAUUGGAGCAAAGAAAAACAAUUCCGAGGACUGCAGAGCCGCAUCGAACAAGAGCAGAGGUUUACUGUGCUUCGAGGCGGUCAAGUCAUUCAGAUUCUUGUAUCCGAGAUUGUGGUUGGAGACAUCGCACAAGUAAAAUAUGGUGACCUCCUUCCUGCUGACGGUGUACUAAUCCAAGGCAACGAUCUGAAAAUUGAUGAGAGCUCCCUCACUGGAGAGUCAGACCAUGUCAAAAAAACUCUGGACAAAGACCCUAUGCUUCUUUCAGGCACGCAUGUGAUGGAGGGCUCCGGAAAAAUGCUGGUCAUUGCAGUGGGGGUGAACUCUCAGACGGGAAUCAUCUUCACUCUGCUCGGAGGCGGAGAUGAUGAUGAUGAUGAUGAUGAUGACGAUGAGGAGAAAAAAGAAGAGAAGGAGAGGAAAAAGAGGGAGAAGGAGGAGAAAAAGAGGGAGAAGGAGGAGAAAAAGAAAGAAAAAGAGAGGAAGAAGAAGGAGAAGAAAGAUAAAAAGAAAAACAAAAAGCCAGAUGCAACAGAUAAAAAGAAAGAGAAGGAUGGAGGCACAGUGGAGAUGGAGCCCCUCAACAGUGAUGAUGGAACAGAAGAAGAGCAGAAAAAAACCAAGAUACCAAAGAAAGAGAAAUCGGUACUUCAAGGGAAGCUUACUAAACUAGCUGUACAAAUUGGGAAAGCAGGUCUCUUAAUGUCAGGCAUCACAGUCCUCAUUCUUAUCGUGUUCUUUUUGGUGGACACUUUCUGGAUCCAGGGGCUUCCGUGGAUCAAAGAAUGCACUCCCAUCUACAUCCAGUUCUUUGUCAAGUUCUUCAUCAUCGGUGUCACUGUGCUGGUUGUUGCCGUGCCUGAGGGUUUACCCCUUGCCGUCACCAUCUCAUUGGCCUAUUCUGUAAAAAAAAUGAUGAAGGACAACAACCUAGUGAGACAUCUGGAUGCUUGCGAGACGAUGGGCAACGCCACUGCGAUUUGCUCUGAUAAAACGGGCACCCUUACCAUGAACAGAAUGACAGUGGUUCAGGUGUAUAUUGGAGACAGACACUACAGGAAGGUCCCAGAUCCUGAUAUGAUUCCUGGCAACAUCAUGAAUCUGCUCGUCACAGGCAUCAGUGUUAACUGUGCGUAUACUUCAAAAAUAAUGGCUGCUGAGAAAGAGGGUGGUCUGCCGCGACAAGUUGGGAACAAAACUGAAUGUGCCUUGCUAGGGUUUACCACUGAUUUACGGAAAGAUUACCAAGCCAUUCGCUGUGAAUAUCCGGAGGAAAAACUGUACAAAGUAUACACAUUUAACUCAGUCAGGAAAUCCAUGAGUACCAUCCUUAAAAAUUCAGAUGGAAGUUACCGUAUGUUCAGCAAAGGAGCGUCAGAAAUCCUCCUGAAAAAGUGCUGUAAAGUCCUGUCAACCAAUGGCGAUGCCAGAGUCUUCAAGCCCACUGAUCGGGAUGACAUGGUGAAAAAGGUGAUUGAGCCCAUGGCCUCUGAGGGCUUGAGGACCAUCUGCCUCGCCUACAGGGACUUCCCUGUUUCAGAUGGAGAGCCUGAUUGGGAUGAUGAGGCCGAUAUCCUGACUGGUCUCACCUGCAUUUGUGUGGUGGGCAUUGAGGAUCCUGUUCGACCGGAGGUCCCAGAUGCUAUUAAGAAGUGCCAGAGAGCAGGUAUCACUGUGCGCAUGGUCACAGGAGAUAACAUUAACACCGCUCGAGCUAUCGCAACCAAGUGUGGCAUUAUCCACACCGGUGACGACUUCUUGUGCCUUGAAGGCAAAGAGUUUAACAGGCGGAUACGCAAUGAGCUGGGAGAGAUUGAGCAGGAGCGCUUGGACAAGGUCUGGCCCAAACUGCGCGUACUUGCAAGAUCUUCUCCAACUGAUAAGCAUACAUUGGUCAAAGGUAUAAUUGAUAGCACCGUCGUUGAACAGAGACAAGUAGUUGCUGUCACUGGAGACGGAACCAAUGAUGGCCCUGCGCUAAAAAAAGCUGAUGUUGGAUUUGCGAUGGGCAUUGCUGGUACAGAUGUGGCCAAAGAAGCAUCAGACAUUAUCCUGACAGAUGAUAACUUUAGCAGCAUUGUGAAGGCAGUGAUGUGGGGGAGGAACGUCUAUGACAGUAUCUCCAAGUUCCUCCAGUUUCAGCUGACCGUUAACGUGGUGGCUGUCAUCGUGGCGUUCACUGGAGCCUGUAUUACACAGGACUCCCCACUCAAAGCUGUACAGAUGCUGUGGGUGAAUUUGAUCAUGGACACGUUUGCAUCACUAGCUCUAGCGACGGAGCCUCCCAAUGAGGCUUUACUGUUGCGCAAACCGUACGGCCGCAACAAGCCCCUUAUUUCCCGCACUAUGAUGAAGAACAUCCUUGGACAUGCUGUUUAUCAGCUAACCAUCAUCUUCACACUGCUGUUUGCUGGUGAGCAGAUAUUCGAUAUUGACAGCGGAAGGAACGCUCCUCUUCACGCUCCUCCUUCAGAGCACUACACCAUCGUCUUCAACACCUUCGUGAUGAUGCAGCUCUUCAACGAGAUUAACGCUCGAAAGAUUCACGGUGAGAGAAACGUUUUUGAGGGCAUCUUCAAAAACAUGAUCUUCUGCACCAUCGUAUUCGGGACCUUUGUUAUCCAGAUUGUAAUCGUGCAGUUUGGAGGGAAGCCUUUUAGCUGUGUAGGUCUCUCUGUUGAGCAGUGGAUGUGGUGUGUUUUCAUCGGUUUUGGCUCUCUUCUUUGGGGGCAGUUGGUUACCACCAUUCCCACAAGUCGCCUGAAGUUCCUGAUGACAGCAGGUCAUGGCACUCAGAAGGAGGAGAUCUCUGAGGAUGAGCUGGAGGAGAUGGAAGACAUGGAUGAAAUCGACCAUGCUGAGAUGGAGAUGAGAAGGGGGCAGGUUUUGUGGUGUAGGGGUCUCAACAGAAUUCAGACACAGAUCCGUGUGGUUAAUGCUUUCCGGGACACCAUGUCCCCUUAUGACGGCCUGGAGACGCCGGAGUCUCGCAGCUCCAUUCACAACUUCAUGAGCCACCCAGAGUUCCGUAUCGAGGAUUCAGAGCCAUCCAUCCCCCUCAUCGAUGACACCGACCCUGAGGAGGAUGCACCUACUAAACGCAACACGGUUCCUUCCCCACUGCCUCUAGUUUUAUCCUCCCCUAAUCAGAACAAUAAUGCAACCGACAACAGGGGUUACCAUCACCACAAAGAUCUAGCAAAAACUGUCCUUCCUCCAACUCCUGGAAGCCCCCUUCACAGCCUGGAGACCUCUCUCUAAUCCAGUACCACCUACGUCAGACCACGCCAACAACCGAGGGCACAUUAAGGACAAGGUCAGGGCUUCUGGGCCUCUGAUAGUGAACUGGAAAAGUAGUAAAACUUGUUUUUUUUUUCAUUUUGUUUUUAAUUUCAUAGGGGGGUUGUUUCGUUCUUUUUAUUUUAUUUUACCUGCACACCUGGAAAGUGUAUGGUUUGGGAAUGAAAGUGUUGCUGAAUUGUUCAAAUUCUUUCCCUUUUAUAUUUUGUUUACUUAUACAUUUUGAUA